CACGCCGUCAGAUGAAUGUGGUGGUUUGUGAUUGGCUCUCAGACCGGAAGCGAGAAGACAAAUCUCUGUAUUCUCAGACAGAAUGCGACAUAUUUACUGCAUUUCGUGCUAAAUUUCGUUAUAUUUGUGUUUUAUCUGUCAGAGUUUUGAAUGGACUGUAUCUCGGCUGCAUUAACUUCAUGCUUCCGGUUCGCUGUGAUGUGUCUGAUGGUCCUGAAGGCAGCGGAGCCGUCAGCGGACGGAGGCGGCUGGUGGCUACCGUCAGACUUCAGGUUGGAGGAUGAAGGCGUCUGUAACAUCGACGUGUUGGACGGCUCGUCGCUCUCGCACCAACAGUUCAUAGAAAGAUAUGCGUUCAGCCGGCCGGUGAUCCUCAGAGGACUCACUGACAACACGAGGUUCAGGUCGUCGUGUUCGAAGUCUCGUCUGCUGGAGGAGUUCGGUUCGCGCAGAGUUCGUCUCAGCACGGCGAACACCUUCUCCUACAGGAAAGUGGACGUCCCUCUGCAGGAGUACGUGGACGAGCUGCUGAAGCCGCAGGCUGCAGACGCGCUCGGCAGCGAAACUCUGUAUUUCUUUGGAGACAAUAACUUCACCGAGUGGCAGAGUUUGUUCGAGCUGUACGAGUCUCCUCCCUAUGUGCUGCCUCACACCGGUGGAGCGUACAGCUUCGGGAUCGCAGGUGCAGGAACAGGAGUCCCCUUCCACUGGCACGGCCCCGGAUUCUCCGAGGUCAUCUACGGCAGGAAGCGUUGGUUUCUCUACCCUCCUGACAGAGAGCCUCACUUCCACCCAAACCGCUCCACUCUGUCCUGGCUGACGGAGACGUACCCGAACCUGAACGGAGACGAAGCUCCAUUGGAGUGUACCAUCAGACCAGGAGAGGUCCUGUUCUUCCCGGAUCGCUGGUGGCACGCCACGCUCAACCUGGACACUAGCGUCUUCAUCUCCACCUUCCUUGGCUGACUCGUCUCUCAGACUGGUUUUAAAUCUUUCUCCUUUAAUGUGGGUCCAACAGCAGAAACACUGUUAUUUCUGUUUAUUUACAUUCCAGAUCAACAGACCAGAUUUAAACAGAAAAUCUUUAUUUAGUGACCAAAGAAUCUGAUGGAGUAUUAUUUUAUUUUUGAAGUAAUAAAACAAAAAACAUCUUG